UAGGGCAUUCAAUAAAAAUGAUGCCUUUGACUUUGUUAUAAUAAAUUCUCAUAAAAAUCAAUUCUUUUGCUACUUUUACUCUUUCUUGAUGCCCAUUUUUUCUCGAUCGUUCACCUAUGAUCACCAAAAUUAAGCAACCCUUUAAGCCCAAGAUCCCAAUAUCAAUAACAACUUCAGUCCCACAGUUAUCUGGCUCAGUUUUGAGUUUUUUUUCAAAGUCAAAAUCAAGAUUUGACAAUAAGGGUGUCAAUAAUUGUAGGCUGUUGUGGGUGGAUGAGAAAGGGGAAAUGGAAUUGCUGAGGAAAUUAAGCAGAGGGUGUUUCAGAAAUAGUCUUAAGAAGGGUCAGAAGGUUAAAAUUGAGUCAGUUAAUGAUGGUGAAGAUGUGUUUGAUGCAGCUUCAGCUAGGGCUAAGUUGCAGCCUGAGCAUCUUGUUGUCAUGGUCAAUGGGCUUGUUGGGAGUUCUGCAGAUUGGAGAUAUGCCGCUGAGCAAUUUGUCAAAAGGCUCCCUGAGAAAAUUGUUGUUCACUGUAGUGAGUGCAAUUAUUCAAUGUUGACUUUUGAUGGCGUUGACAGGAUGGGCGAGAGACUUGCAAAAGAGGUGGAGGAUGUGAUCAAACGGUGGCCUGGGGUGCGCAAGAUCUCUUUUGUUGCUCACUCCUUGGGUGGCCUUGUAGCAAGAUAUGCUAUUGGGAGGUUGUAUGAACCUCCAGUGCAAACAGAAGUAGCUGGUCUUAAUCGCUCCUGCUUAGUCAGGGAAGAGAAUGUAUCUGACCAGUGUCACAAGCAGUCUUCUGAAGAAACUGUUGCUGGUUUGGAACCUGUGAACUUCAUAACAGUUGCAACUCCGCAUUUGGGCUCAAGAGGGCAUAAACAGCUGCCACUUCUCUGCGGUCUUCCUUUGCUGGAGAAAGGGGCAUUACAAACUGCUCACUGGAUUGCCGGGAGAUCUGGAAAGCAUCUAUUCCUCACUGAUAAAGAUAAUGGGAAGCCUCCCCUCCUCCUAAGGAUGGUCAAUGAUUCAGACGAUCUCAUGUUCAUGUCAGGAUUACGCUCAUUUAAGCGUCGUGUGGCAUAUGCAAAUGCAAACUAUGACCAUGUUGUUGGAUGGAGAACAUCGUCAAUCCGUCGUCAGGAUGAACUUCCAAAGUCUAACCUUCAAAUAAAGGAUCAGAAAUACCCACAUAUCGUAAACGUUGAGCAAGAAACCACUCUGGAUAUCAACCAUAAAUUAUCUUCACUGGAAGGGAAGAAAAUGGCUGAUUUAGAAGCCCAUGUAGAGGAGAUGAUUGAAGGCCUUACACAAGUACCAUGGGAACGAAUUGAUGUUAGUUUUCAUGAAAGCAGACAACGAUAUGUUGCACACAAUACUAUUCAGGUGAAAACUUAUUGGCUUAAUUCAGAUGGCGCCGAUGUGAUUGAACAUAUGAUAGAUAACUUCCUUCUCUAAUUGUCUGUCAUGGUGGGAUCUCCUUUGAUUUUCAGUAACACCUAUGGACUCUUAGUCACAAGCAUAGACGCGAAUUGGAGCAUCAUCAUCGCUAAAAUCGUUGUCUUGUAUGUAUAUCAUGUGUGAAUGUAUCUUCAAAAACCUCACAAAGUUUUCCUUUUAUCAGAAUUUUUGUAACAUGUUCUCUCAUUUGUGCUUCACUUUAUUUUGUUGAUGGAUUGAUGGGAUUUUGUAUUUGUGAGUGACUAUAAUGGAAAGAAAUGUUUAGUCAAUUAAUCAAUCAAAUAAAUAUCAAUACCAAAUUAUUUGUGA